ACCUUUUGCCCGGGUCUGGUCCUCUCCACUGGGUGCGAAUAACUUCGCUGCCGAGCUGCAUUACAGUUGUACCGGGAAGAGAUUCAUAGAGGGAGAGACCGAUGGCUUGAAUCGGAAUGGUCCUUUUCGUGGACGAAUCUUUCAGGAAACUGCGCUAUGAGCGGACACGAGGCGGAUUAGAAGGUCGGUCGGGCCGCUAUGCCUCUGGGCGACAUACCAGUACACGAGCUGGGAAAAAGCCACUGUUGGAUGAGAGUUGCAGUCCAGGUCAUAAUAAGACAUCAGUGGGAUAAAACUGACCCUCCUCCUAUCGCGAUAAACAUAUCUGGCUUGAACUCAGACGCAAUUUUGUCAGCGGUUCCUCUAAUGAUGUUGUGUACAUCAUUGUAUGUCGAUCUGAGGUGCUCUGGUUCUCCCAUUUGUGCAAGGAAUCGAGAAUUGGGCCGCCGGUCUGGAUGGGUGCAAGUCGAUUGCUAUGAUCGAUACUGGAUCAAAAGCAGAUUGGUAGAUAACCACGUGGCUGUGCACACCUGUGCCACUGACUUUUCACGAUAUUUAUCAGGUUUCAUGGCAGACAGUGGAUCUACAAGCACACCAGGACCAUCCGUCCCAAAAGCAAUAGGCAGUCUGGCCAAAAAACCUUCUGAUGUGACCAGGCAAGGAUCACAGAAGCUCAAGUUCGUCCCUACACUACCAUCCCGAAGGAAGAAAGAUGAAGUUAAACAGGAAGCUCCUCCACCGACUAUCCCCAGUGCAUCUAAUGAUCGAGGACGCGGUCGUGGGCGGGGAAGGGGCAGGGGAGGCGAAGGUCGUGGUGCAGCUCCCCGCCCACCUCCAGUAGAAAUGACUGCCAGUGGUCCAUUCGCUAUGGGACCUGCUCUCGGAGGUACCUCAGCACGGCGCAGUGCUCCUCGCUCCAAUUUUACACCCAUCGUUCCAUUGGGACCUGGAAAUGCAGCCGCUCUUGGUGCCGGACUUUCUGGAGCUGCCGGUCCGUCGUUGAAGAGGGAGACUAGAGCACCGAAUAUCCUCGUUGCGGGGGAAAUCAAAAGAGCGGAUGACGAUGACGUUUACUCUGAUCCGGACGAAGGCGUCGAGAUAAUCGACAUGGAGAACGUGAAACAGAUGGACUGGAUGGCUCCAGAAAGCUUGCGCAAAGAACGUAAGGAACGGAAGAAGAAAAAGGUCAUCCAAGUGAAAAUGGAAGAGCCAUCGUCACCUUUACUAGGUUCGAAGAAAAAAGAAGAGGCUAUGGACAUCGAGGAGGCAGCAGAAUCGGGGGAAGUGGACUUGGCUAAUGCUCUUAAUCUUAGCGAGAGCGAGGAAGAGGAAGAGCUUGAAGACCUCAUAGAUGAUUUCGCAUUACAAGCUGAAGCGGACCAGGACGCAGACGUACGGCAAGAGCGUCUCUACUUCUUCCAGUUCCCUGAGCCGUUCCCGACAUUCGUUUCCGAUAUCCCGCCAGCCGAUCCGACUACAAUGAAUGUUGAUGCACCCUCCUCGGAUAGUCGCCCACGUAAAGUAUCUUUCGCAGCAGACGUGAAGCCACCAGGUCCGAGCGGAGAUCUGGCAAGCGCUUCCGCAGGACCAGAGGCAGAGCAAACGAAGGAACUACCAAAAGUCGACGGUGUCAUCGGGCAGCUUGAAGUAUAUCGCAGCGGGGUCGUCAAAAUGCGCCUUGGUAAUGGCAUCCUCUUGGAUGUUCGUCUAAUCUCCAUGCUUUUGCCUCCGUCGCUUACGCUGACGGCUAUAUCAAGGUUACUGGCGCAACUCAGCCGUCGUUUUUGCAGCAAGCUGUCCACCUGGAUUUACAAAAUAGUCGUCUGCACGUCAUGGGAGAAGUCAACAAGCGGUUUGUCGUCUCACCAGACAUAGAUACACUCCUUCAUGCGAUGGAGUUGCGCGAUCAAGCCGAAGCCAAUGCCAUGCCAGUCGACGACACCAA